UCUCUAGUCUCCCGAAACAGAGAUCAUUGUGCUCAUCGAUUGCUCUGCAUUCCCUUGCUUUGGCCUGUAGGUUUCUGCGGUGGAUUAGUUGGGUCUGGCGCUUUGCUUGUAGCGUGUGCUGGGCAGGAUCAGCUCCGUUGCUCGGUGCUUCCGGCUGAGACAGAAUGGGGCGCCACUCUUCAGGCUCAGAGGAAGAAACCCGAUCUCGUAAGAAAAAGAAACACCGCAAACGUUCAUCUUCUAGUAGUUCAUCAGAUGGCAGAACAUACAGUCGUAAAAAGUCAGCAAAGAAAUCUAGGUCUCGAUCCCGAGAGGUACACUCACAUUCCUAUGAAAAAAGGCGCAGGCACCGCUCAAGUAGUAACUCCUCUUAUAGCUCAAGGAGGAAAAGAAGUUGCAGCAGGUCUAGGGACAGAGGAAGGACUCGCAAGUACCAUAAGUCAAGAACAUCAAGGUCAAGAUCAAGGCACCGCCAACGCUCUCGCAGCAGAAGCAGUGAACGAUCUAGCAGAAGGAGAUCUCGCAGUAGAUCAUAUGACAGAGAGCGAGGGAAAGGCAAAGAAAAGUCAAAAAUGAGGGAGGAGAGAGGAAAACAAAGGGAAUCUACUUCCAAACCUAGUGACUUGGUGAACAUUAAAGCUGGAUUAGAACAUCUGCCUCCCGCUGAACAGGCCAAAGCAAGGCUGCAGAUGGUUCUUCAAGCUGCUGGUUACAUUCAAUUUCAUUUUUAUUUUAUUCUUAAUCCAGCCAAAGCAGAUGAAGCGUUGAGAGCAAAGGAAAAAAGCGAGGAGGAAGCUCGAAAGAGGAAAGAAGAAGAUUUAUUAGAACCCGAGGCUGCUAAAAGUCCGAAUGCGAAAAUCUGCCAUCAAAGACCUGCCGAUGCAUAUCAAUCCCUGUUACUCGAUCAGGCGAAAAGAGAGAAAGAGAUUGAAGCGAUUGAAAGCGACUCGUUUGUUCCACAGAUGUUCCGUUCAAGCCGCGACACGAAAGGUUCCACGGAAAGCAGCGAGACAAAACAUGAAUCUGCAAUACUAGGGACAGGCACCAUUGAUCCGUUUGAUGAGGCAAAAGAAUCAGAGAUUGGCCUCAUGCCCACUACCAUCAAGUACCUGGAUGAUAACUGUCUGGCACACCCAAAUUUAUAUAUUGAAAAAGAAGAAGCAGAACUGAAGUGGUACAAGAGAUUAACGUCUCUCCGUCAAGAACAUCUAAUGGGGAGCCCUGUAGCAUAGCAACCCUGGAUAUGUCCUGAGUCUGACCUGUGUGAUUUUGUUGUUCUCUAAUAAAAGGUUUUAUCGCA